CACCACAGCCUGCGCGUGUGUGUGUGUGUGUGUGUGUGUGUGUGUGUGAGAGAGAGAGACCACUACAGGAGAAGGUUCCACCUGUGGUGGGUCUCAUUGGAAGUUCCAGUCCCGAUAACAGGGAGUGUGAAGUCCCCAAGGUGACAACCAGCAGCACGUGAUGGGAUUAGGACAUUGAGAACAAACAAACAUCCUCAGGCAAGCGACACAGCCGGCAGGUAUGGACUUCAGCGGCACCUGGAAAGUUUAUUCGGAAGAAAACCUUGAGGAGUUCCUAAAAGUUGUUGGUGCACCUCAAAUGGUCGUCAAAAUGCGCAAGGAAGUCAAACCGGUGAUAGUGAUCGAGCAGAACGGCAAAGAUUUCACCUACACAUUGAAGACUCCCGUCGCCACCAAAGUCAACUCGUUCUGCGUCGGAAAAGAGUCCGAGAUGACGACCAUCGACGGCAGGAAGUUUAAGUGCACCGUGAGAGAGGAGAAUGGGAAGCUGGUCACCGAGACUGCCAAGUUCACGUCGGUCCGAGAGAUCCAGGGAGACGACAUGGUUGAGACCGUCACUUGUGGCUCAGUGAUUUUCAUCAGCAGAAGCAGACGAGUGUGACCGGCCCCUACAUGGCAGCUCAUGGCCCCUCUCUCAGACCGCUCUCCUAUCCGCUUCAGGCCCCGGGGUCAUCAGGAAAAUUAUGAAUAAGGCUAAAUGCAUUUAUGAAUAAAUCUAAAUGAUGAAAUAAA